AUGAUUCGCUCUUCCGGGUUUUCGUCGACACUUCAAAUUCUGAGUCUCAUUUCCUUUAGUACAGCUCUUCCCAAUCGACCACAAUUUCGUGAAGCAGAUUUCGCAUCAGCAGUCAACCAAGCCUAUGAUUAUAUAAUUGUCGGAGGUGGUUUGGCUGGGUUGGUUGUUGCAAAUCGUCUUACUGAACAAAAAGACAGUAAGUGUCUGCGGAUCUUCGUAUUGGAAACUUUCAGUAGCUUACCAUUUGCUUAGAAACAGUGCUUGUUGUAGAAAAUGGCUAUCUCAACGACUUACCUAUCGCCAUUGUCCCAUACUAUGUGAAUACUCUCAAUCCUGAUAAUUUAUACCCAAUCAUUAGCGCUCCUGAGCCAUACAUGAAAAAUCUUACUUUUCCAGUAAAGGUUGGUAAUGUCGUUGGAGGUGGAUCAAUCGUCAAUGGCAUGUUAUUUGAUCGAGGCUCGAAUGCAGAUUAUGAUGCUUGGGAAGAGCUCGGCAAUGAAGGAUGGGGAUGGAGUGGACUCGAAAAAUAUUUCAAAAAGAGCACACAUUUCACUCCUCCAUCAGAAGCGGCAACAAAGGAGUUUGGACUUACUCAUGAUGCAUCGGCGUACGGAAAUGGACCGGUGCAGACCCAUCUUACAAGCUAUCAAUACCCGGACAUCAAGACUAUCUUCAACUCCUACCGUGCUGAGGGAAUACCGAUGCCAAUAGAGGGGUUUGCAAACCCAAUUGGAGCCUAUUGGUGUCCUAGUGAUAUUGAUAACAGAACCGCAACACGUUCAAGCUCUCGGGCUGCUUAUUACGAUCUCGCAGCAAAUCGAACGAAUCUCAGACUACUCACCGGCACUAGAGUCAACCAAAUUCUCAUUGAGACCGAUAAUGGAAAGCUUAUUGCGAAGGGCGUACAAAUGGUAUCUCGUACCAACAACGCAGUAGCAACUGCAUAUGCCAGAAAUGAAGUCAUCAUGGCCGCUGGUGCAGUUUUCACUCCACAAAUUCUCAUGUUGAGUGGAAUUGGUCCCAAGGAUAUUCUUAUCGCAGCCAACAUCACUGUUAAAAAAGACACUCCAGCAGUAGGGUCAAAUUUCCAAGACCAUACCCCCCUGGCUAUGACUUUCAACCUCACGAACACUACAUUUCCUGAUCCGAGUUCCCUGUCCACUAACACCACAUUCAACGCCGAGUCAGCAGCCCAAUACGCACGAGAUCGUAGUGGGCCUUACUCCGUCACUCGUGGAUCUGCAUCAUCCUUUCUCACAUUCAAUACAUACUCCAAACAUUACAAAAACAUCACUUCAAGAAUCACACAACAAGACGCCACAAGGUACCUCCCCGAGCGAUAUAGCAAGAACAAAGCCCUCCUCUCAGGCUUCAGAAAACAACGAGAAAUACUAGUCAACCAAUUCCUCGGCGAUGCAGCAGCAAUAGGCGAAGGAACCAUCCAAUCCUGGGGUCACAGCACAGUGGUCCUGCAAAAACCCCUCUCUCGAGGGACCAUCACGCUCAACACCACACAUCCCGAAUCCGCCCCCGUCGUUUCCUGGAACAGUCUCAUGAACCCCAUCGACAGCGAGGUGCUCUGCGAGAUGGUCCGCUGGAACCGAGUUCACUGGGCCCGAAAAGAACUUUCCAUGUUCAGUCCUGUGGAAAACCAGCCCGGGGCACAGUAUACCACUAAUGAGGAGAUUAUAUCUGAAUCUGUUAGAUCUGGGGUUUUGACUCCGACUUUUGCUCAUAUGUCUGGCGGAUGUGCUAUGAUGCCCAGGGAAUUGGGCGGUUGUGUUAGUGAAAAUUUAUUGGUUUAUGGGGUGGAGAGGUUGUCGAUUGUGGAUGCUAGUAUUUUGCCACUGAUUCCUGCUACUCAUUUACAAGCUACUAUGUAUGCUGUUGCAGAGAAGGCGGCUGAUAUUGUUAAGGAAAGAUAG